AUGGAUAGUGAUUUUCCAUUGACAAAGAUUUUGAGUAGCAGCAACCUAACUUCUUUGGAAAAGCUCUUGAUCGUGAAUAUAUCAAUGCUCACUUGUCUCCCCCACUUGAAAGGAUGCCAGAAAUAUCUUCGAGAGUUGAAGAUUAUGAAGUGUGACAAAUUGAGAGAAUUACCUGAUGAUCUACACAGCUUCCGGUCUCUCGAGUCUUUGAGUAUAAUUGGAUGUCGAAGUCUGCAAUCAAUUUCAUAUCAAAGUGGACAAAAAGGUCCCCCUUCUCUUCGACGUUUGGAAAUUAGGGAUUGCUCUGAGCUGAGCUGCCUACCAAGUGAAAUGAUUGAGUCCAUCAGGGGUCUAGAGUGGCUAAUCGUGACUAAUUGCAAGAAACUCAUUUCUUUUCCAAUAGAUUUGGGGGAAUUGCCUUGUAUCUCAGUCCUAGAGAUAUCCAAUUGUCCUGAACUGAGGAGUUUGCCCAAGGGAAUUGGCCGUCUUAGCAACUUAACAAAAUUGGGCAUUGGUGGAUUCUCAGAAUCAAUUGAUUUCAACUCAUUCCAAGCUGCUCUCGACGGCAUCCAACAAUCCAAAUCUCUCUCGAGUUUGACUUUAUAUGGUUGGGAACAUUGGGAUUCAUUGCCAUAUCAGAUUCAGCAUCUCACUUCGCUCCGAAUGUUAUGGUUAAGUGGUUUUGGAAUUGAAGCAUUGCCGGAGUGGUUUGGGGGUCUGUCCUCUCUUGAGUAUUUAAUUCUGCGUAACUUAAAAAAGCUUAGGCAUAUGCCCUCUAAGGAAGCGAUGCAACGCCUCACCAAGCUACAUCAUUUAAUUGUUGAAGAUUGUCCAUUGUUGGAGGAGAGGUGCAGGGAAGAAAGCGGCCCGGAUUCUGAGUGGUCAAAGAUUUCACAUAUUCCUAACAUAGGUGGAGUGGUGGGCCCACGCGGUCGAAGAGACGUGAUAUAG